AUGGCUAAGAAAGGAAAAGAGGAUAAAGGGAAAAAUGUCCGAAAGGGGAAAAAGAAACCUGUGGCUCAGUUGGACGAUGGGUCAGAUUCUGACUUGGCAAAAAGGAACACUGAAGAGAGUGAGAUGGACAGCGAGCUGGUGGAGGGAGAGGAGGAGGAGGAUGAAGACGACCCUAAGAAGAAGGGGAAGGACAAGAAAGGUGUGGUCAAGAAGGUAGGCAAAGAGAAGAAGGGGCAGUUGGACAAGACCAGGAGGCAGCUCAAAGGAGCCUCCCAGCUGGUCAUGGGCCUGACAGCAGAGGACCCCAAGAAGAAAGUGGCCAAGAAGGAACAUGCCAAAGCCCAGCUGAAGGGAGCCACCAAGGCCAUGGUCAUGGCCAAGAAAGAGGCAGCGGUCCCACCCAAGAAAAGGCGGAGCUUGAAGAGCACCUCCAAACUCUUCAUGGGCGUGAAAGGGAUGGGGCCGCACAAGAGCACCAAGAAGAGCCACUUCAAGAACACCUCGCGCUUCUUCUGGGGCCUGAGGAAGUACAGCACGAAGAAGAAGAAGAAGAACAAGAAGAACAAGGGGGUGCUGAAGUCCACCUCCAACCUGAUGAUGCGCUUCAAAUCUCUUGGAAAGAAGAAGGAGAAGAAAGAGGGAGCCCCCGACAAGGAGACCAAGAAGUCCUCGUUCAUGCUGAUUCGUUUUUUUGGCAACCUCUUCCGGCGGAAGAAGGCAAACCAGAACUUUAAACCCCAGGCCCAGAUGGUCAGCAAGGUGGCUGCGGUCACCAACUGGCUGACCUGGAAAUUCUUGAGUAAGCGUAGUAGAUCAAGAUACGACAAACGAGCAACUGAUGACUCUUGGCUAGCCAAGAUUGGAGCCAAGAAACUGCCUUUCCCUUCAGAAGAUGAAGUUUUGAGACACCGAGCGAAUAUGAGGAGAGUUGCUGGAGCCAAUAAGUGUACGUGUUUUGGCCAAUACCCGGACAAAUUUGGCUACUGGGACCCCCUGGAUUCUGCCACCUUACAAGAUUACUUUGAUGAUUAUGAAGAAGAAUGUGGUUACGAUGGCCAGUCCCCUUUCAAGUAUGGCUUGUCUGGUUAUAACCAGGAUUGUUAUGGGAGGCAUCAAAUGGAAGAAGGAGAUGAGCCUUAUGAUGAAGACUAUGAUGAGCAGGACCCUUAUGGAUACUGCAGUGACAAUCAAGAUUAUGGACCUUCUUUCCAUUAUCCACCUUAUGAACCUUACGAGGAUUUCAGCAGUGAUUAUGAAGUAGAAGGUGUUCCAUAUUGGACUAGAGAAUUAGAACUCCCUGAUAAUCAGGAGGAUGUUUACUGCCAGCAGGACAUGAAUGACGGUGACCAAGAAUGGGCCUCCCAGUCUUCGUACAACCCGUACGCCUGUCUGCUGGACGACAUAGCUGAGAUGGAAGAAGCAGACAGAGCGGAGACUGAACCAGAAGAUGAUCCCAUUGCUUUCUCCCAUUCUUCUGUUUCUGAACGAGAGAUGGGAGGAAAGUUGUCUGCCACAGCACCAUUGAACAGGAAGUUCCGGCUUUUCCCGAGGCCCCAAGUGAAGUUGUUCGGCAAGGAAAAGCUUGAUGUCCCCCUCCCACCUUCCCCACAGAUUUCCCUGGCUUAUUUGGAUGCUGAGGAAGAAGGCAUCACUGAAGAAGAAGAGCAGGAGCCUCUAAUUUCUCCAUUUGCCCAGUUUGAUGGUCAGUAUUUGGAAUCUUCUGGGUCUCAGGAGACUUUUUCAGAGUUGUUCCCUCUGAGCAAGCUUCAGAGGUCCCACAGGAACAACUUAAGUAGAAGGAACGGGGGUUGGGAUGCACAUCACAUGAAGCCUCAUCUUUCUCCAAGAGAGUGUGGGAGCCCUCUGGGGCAGUUCCUGCAGCAAUCCAUCUCUCAGCCGAGACCUAUUCUGAAGCACCAUGAGAACUGGGGACGGAACCAACCAGGCAUGCAUGAGUCCAACAGUAGAACUCUGUCUCCACGGUCCCGGAGACAAAACCAGCCAUGGUCUAAGUAUCACACAGUGAAGAUACAUGAGAUGCCAAGCGAAUGGACCUCUGAGAAGCUCUUCCAGCACCCUCCAGCAGAGAGUUUUAAGGCUCAGGAUGUUCAUCGUGGAGGAGGGAGAGGGAAUGGGGUGUUCUGGUACCUGACGCGGGGAGCAUCUGGGUCCAAGAGCGAAUAUGAAGAGACCAACAAGAACUGGCAAUGCAAGAUGCACUGCAUUCACAAUUUGCACUCGGCAGCCAACCCAGGAGAGGCGAGCCAGGACGGCGUGGAUGACUUGACCCAACUGGAAGACCUCCAAGAAAGUGUGGUCCUGCACAACAUCCAAAGGAGGUUUGAGCGGGGACUGAUCUAUACCUACAUAGGUAGCAUCCUGGUGGCAGUGAAUCCUUACAAAAUGUUCAACAUCUACGGAACAGACCACGUCCUGAAGUAUGAAGGCCAAGCUUUGGGAGAGAACCCACCUGGAGAAAGUGGAUCGGGCAAAACCGAGGCCACCAAACUGAUCCUUCGCUACCUGGCAGCCAUCAACCAGAAACACCUUGCGACCCAGCAGGGGAAGAAGAAACUUGUGGCUCAGUUGGACGAUGGGUCAGAUUCUGACUUGGCAAAAAGGAACACUGAAGAGAGCGAGAUGGACAGCGAGCUGGUGGAGGGAGAGGAGGAGGAGGAGGAUGAAGACGACCCUAAGAAGAAGGGGGGGAAGGACAAGAAAGGUGUGGUCAAGAAGGCAGGCAAAGAGAAGAAGGGGCAGUUGGACAAGACCAGGAGGCAGCUCAAAGGAGCCUCCCAGCUGGUCAUGGGCCUGACAGCAGAGGACCCCAAGAAGAAAGUGGCCAAGAAGGAACAUGCCAAAGCCCAGCUGAAGGGAGCCACCAAGGCCAUGGUCAUGGCCAAGAAAGAGGCAGCGGUCCCACCCAAGAAAAGGCGGAGCUUGAAGAGCACCUCCAAACUCUUCAUGGGCGUGAAAGGGAUGGGGCCGCACAAGAGCACCAAGAAGAGCCACUUCAAGAACACCUCGCGCUUCUUCUGGGGCCUGAGGAAGUACAGCACAAAGAAGAAGAAGAAGAACAAGAAGAACAAGGGGGUGCUGAAGUCCACCUCCAACCUGAUGAUGCGCUUCAAAUCUCUUGGAAAGAAGAAGGAGAAGAAAGAGGGAGCCUCCGACAAGGAGACCAAGAAGUCCUCGUUCAUGCUGAUUCGGUUAGGGGGUGGGAAGUCAGAAGAUCAGCAAAGCAAAGGGGGGAGUUUUUUUGGCAACCUCUUCCGGCGGAAGAAGGCAAACCAGAACUUUAAACCCCAGGCCCAGAUGGUCAGCAAGGUGGCUGCGGUCACCAACUGGCUGACCUGGAAAUUCUUGAGUAAGCGUAAUAGAUCGAGAUACGACAAACGAGCGACUGAUGACUCUUGGCUAGCCAAGAUUGGAGCCAAGAAACUGCCUUUCCCUUCAGAAGAUGAAGUUUUGAGACACCGAGCGAAUAUGAGGAGAGUUGCUGGAGCCAAUAAGUGUACGUGUUUUGGCCAAUACCCGGACAAAUUUGGCUACUGGGACCCCCUGGAUUCUGCCACCUUACAAGAUUACUUUGAUGAUUAUGAAGAAGAACGUGGUUGUUACGAUGGCCAGUCCCCUUUCAAGUAUGGCUUGUCUGGUUAUAACCAGGAUUGUUAUGGGAGGCAUCAAAUGGAAGAAGGAGAUGGGCCUUAUGAUGAAGACUAUGAUGAGCAGGACCCUUAUGGAUACUGCAGUGACAAUCAAGAUUAUGGACCUUCUUUCCAUUAUCCACCUUAUGAACCUUACGAGGAUCUCAGCAGUGAUUAUGAAGUAGAAGGUGUUCCAUAUUGGACUAGAGAAUUAGAACACCCUGAUAAUCAGGAGGAUGUUUACUGCCAGCAGGACAUGAAUGACGGUGACCAAGAAUGGGCCUCCCAGUCUUCGUACAACCCGUACGCCUGUCUGCUGGACGACAUAGCUGAGAUGGAAGAAGCAGACAGAACGGAGACUGAACCAGAAGAUGACCCCAUUGCUUUCUCCCAUUCUUCUGUUUCUGAACGAGAGAUGGGAGGAAAGAUGUCUGCCACAGCGCCAUUGAACAGGAAGUUCCGGCUUUUCCCGAGGCCCCAAGUGAAGUUGUUCGGCAAGGAAAAGCUUGAUGUCCCUCUUCCACCUUCCCCACAGAUUUCCCUGGCUUAUUUGGAUCCUGAGGAAGAAGGCAUCACUGAAGAAGAAGAGCAGGAACCUCUAAUUUCUCCAUUUGCCCAGUUUGAUGCAUCUGUUAAAAGCCUGAUGGACACCCCUUUCAGUCGUUCAUUGUUUUAUGUGUCCAGCGCUCCAGAAUUUCAAGAUUCUGCCAGAAAUAGGACCUCUGGAAGGUCCCGGAGACAAAACCAGCCAUGGUCUGAGUAUCACACGGUGAAGAUACAUGAGAUGCCAAGCGAAUGGACCUCUGAGAAGCUCUUCCAGCACCCUCCAGCAGAGAGUUUUAAGGCUCAGGAUGUUCAUCGUGGAGGAGGGAGAGGGAAUGGGGUGUUCUGGUACCUGACGCGGGGAGCAUCUGGGUCCAAGAGCGAAUAUGAAGAGACCAACAAGAACUGGCAAUGCAAGAUGCACUGCAUUCACAAUUUGCACUCGGCAGCCAAUCUAGGAGAGGCGAGCCAGGACGGCGUGGAUGACUUGACCCAACUGGAAGACCUCCAAGAAAGUGUGGUCCUGCACAACAUCCAAAGGAGGUUUGAGCGGGGACUGAUCUAUACCUACAUAGGUAGCAUCCUGGUGGCAGUGAAUCCUUACAAAAUGUUCAACAUCUACGGAACAGACCACGUCCUGAAGUAUGAAGGCAACGCUUUGGGAGAGAACCCACCGCACCUUUUUGCAAUUAUUAACGUUGCCUACAGCAAGUUGAGAGACGCCAAACUCAACCAAUGUAUCAUUAUUAGUGGAGAAAGUGGAUCGGGCAAAACCGAGGCCACCAAACUGAUCCUUCGCUACCUGGCAGCCAUCAACCAGAAACACCUUGCGACCCAGCAGAUAAAGAUUCUCGAAGCAACCCCUCUUCUGGAAUCAUUUGGAAAUGCCAAGACUGUGCGGAAUGACAACUCCAGCCGAUUUGGAAAAUUCGUGGAACUCUUCCUGGAGGACAAUGGGUUGAUCUGUGGUGCCAUCACCUCCCAGUACCUUCUGGAAAAAUCCAGAGUCAUCUUUCAGGCCAAAAAUGAACGAAACUACCAUAUCUUUUACGAGAUGCUAGCUGGUCUCCCCACACAGCAAAAGCAGAUGUUUUGUCUUCAAGGGGCAGAGACCUACUAUUAUCUCAACCAGGGAGGCAACUGUGAGAUUCCUGGCAAAACAGACCUAGAAGAUUUUCAUCGGCUGCUUGACACCAUGGAGGUCUUGAAUUUCAGCCUCCAAGACCAGGACAGCAUCUUCCGAAUCUUGUCUUCCAUUCUUCACCUGGGGAAUGUUUAUUUUGAAAAGUAUGAGACCGACUGCCAGGAAGUGGCCUCAGUGCUGAGCGCCAAGGAGAUCCGGGUCGUGGCGGAGCUGUUGCAGAUCUCUCCUGAAGGCUUGCAAAAGUCUAUCACCUACAAAGUGACGGAAACGAUGAGGGAGAAGAUUUUCACACCACUCACUGUGGAAAGUGCUGUGGAUGCCAGAGACGCCAUUGCCAAGAUCCUUUACUCGCUGCUCUUCAACUGGCUCAUGGACAGGGUCAACAAGCAGAUGUGCCCCAAGCAAAACACCCUCUCAAUUGCCAUCUUGGAUAUCUACGGGUUUGAGGAUCUUGGUUUCAACAGUUUUGAGCAGCUGUGCAUUAAUUAUGCCAAUGAAUAUCUCCAAUAUUUCUUUAACAAGAUUGUCUUUAAGGAAGAACAGGAAGAAUAUAUCCGUGAGCAGAUUGAAUGGAGAGAGAUUGCUUUCACAGACAACCAGCCCUGCAUCGAGCUGAUUUCCCAAAGGCCUCACGGCAUUUUGAAGAUCCUGAAUGACCAAAGCAGUUUCCCUCAGGCUACGGAUCACACAUUCCUUCAGAAAUGCCACUAUCAUCAUGGCUGCAAUCCCCUCUAUUCCAAGCCAAAAAUGCCACUGCCCGAAUUCUCUAUCAAGCACUAUGCAGGAAAAGUAACCUACCAGGUGCACAAAUUCUUGGAUAAAAACUACGACCAAGUUCGCCAGGAUGUCCUCGAUCUUUUUGUCAACAGUAAAAUCAAAAUGGUCGCCAGCCUCUUCUUCAGCCACGCUCAGUUGGUGGCUCAGCAGAGGACCAUGAUGGGGAAAAGCAGCACGAGCAAACGGAAGUAUAAGCCCCAAACGGUGGCUGCAAAGUUCCAGCAGUCACUUCUGGACCUGGUGGAGAAGAUGGAGAGAUGUAACCCUUUCUUCGUUCGCUGCCUCAAGUCCAACAGUAAGAAGGAACCAGGACUGUUUCAGGCUGAUACAGUCAGCAACCAGCUACGAUCCUCGGGAAUCCUGGAGACCAUCCGAAUCCGCAAGGAGGGCUUUCCUGUCCGGAUCCCAUUCCAGAUCUUCAUUGACAGGUACCGUUGUCUGGUGGACAUCCGUACUGACAUCAUCCCAGAUGGGUGGAAUUCUGUGGGGGUGCUGAAGAAGCUGUGCCCAGUCACCCCAGAGAUGUACCGCAUUGGCACUACCAAGCUCUUCAUGAAGGAAAACAUCUACCAGCAUCUGGAGGCCAAGCGGGAACAGAUUGUCCAGAUGGCAGUGGUGACCCUCCAACGUUACGUCCGUGGCUUUUUGAUCAAGAAACGCUUUUAUGCCUUACGCUGCAAGAUAAUCCUAUUUCAAGCCCGGGCACGGGGUUAUCUUGUCAGGCAAAAAUAUGGGAGGCUGCGUCAGACGCUCAUCAAAUUCAGGUGCCUGGUACGCAUCUACCUGAACCGCAGGAGGUACCUCAAGGUGCGUCCCUGGGGGCUCUGAGUGCAAAUCGGGAUGUGGGAAGAGGAUUUGGGAGAGAGGGAUUUUGAACUGAGUCAGCGAGAAGUGAUGAAAGUGGCAGACUUGGAAAUCCCUGCUGAUCUGGUCGGACUCUUAAACACAGUGGCUGUUCACAAGCAAGUGAAUGAGGACUGUGUCACCCCUGUCCCCCCACCCAAGAUGCAGGCCGACUCCCAGCUCACCCUGCCUCUUGACAUCAACAAUUACUCCAUGGCCAAGUACGUGCAGCUCUACUUCAAGGAGCCACUUUUUGGGAUGCUCACGAGGACUCUGUCAUCCCCCCUGACUCAGUUAGAUGAGAGUUUGGCCCCUGAAGCUCGUAACCUCUUCAAACUGGUCCUCCGCUUUAUGGGCGAUGCCCAGCUCAACGGCAUCCAGGAGAACCUGUUUGGGAACUACAUUGUACAGAAGGGGCUCUCUAUGCCAAGCCUGCAAGAUGAGAUCCUGGCCCAGAUUGCCAACCAAGUGUGGCGGAACACCAAUGUCCACAAUGAAGAACGGGGCUGGCUGCUGUUGGCCUCGUGUGUCAGCGCCUUCGUGCCCUCCCCCCAGCUGGCUAAGUACCUGCUGAAGUUUGUUUCGGACUAUGCCUCGGAUAGCUAUCAACCUGUCUGCCAACACAAGCUCAUGCAAGCAAUGGCAAGGGGCCAGGAUGGUGGGGAGGCCGCCCGAGCUUAUCCACCCACCCUUCUGGAGUGGACAGCCAGCCGGGACCGAGUGAACAUGGCCCUUGAUGUGUACUGUUUCAAUGGAGACCGUUAUUCUUGCCCUGUCCAUUCCUGGGCCACAGGGGAAGGCCUUGCUGAAAGUGUAUUGAAAUACAGGGGUCUUCCAGAGGGAUGGCGAGGCUGGUCCGUCACCAUGAAGGAUGGUGCCCAGUGGGCCGAGCUGGCUGGCCACGACUACGUUUUGGAUCUGAUUUCUGAUCUGGAGCUGAUCCGAGGUUUCCCCAAGCAGAAGUCCUAUUUCAUCCUUGCCUCUGAAGACCCAGAGAAAUACACUGGUGGCAAAUUGAGCCAAAAAGGACUGGAUCACUAUCUGGAUAGCCUCUUUGAUCCUGUGCUGUCCUAUGGAAAAGGGGAACUAGAGAAGCCAGCCGCCAUCUCACGAAGGAUGAAAGGUGGUGGCCACGUUGGAGAAGGCAAUGGUGCAGUGGUCCCUCAGACCUUUGGUCAGUACGAGCUGGGCUACCUUAGUGGGGAAGCUGGGAAAAGGCUGAUAGACAGAUCUGCGUCACCUUCAGGCACUGCGUGGAGGAAAACCACCUUUCAGAAUCCAGAGUCUUGCUCCACGUCUCAGGCUGGUGGGCUUAUCCGCCACUCCAAGCUGAAUUCGGAACACAACCCUGAGCCCACGCAGAACAUUCGCAACAUCAUCAAGCAAUACCAGCAACCUUUGCGAGUUUCAGAGCCCACCAGAAAGGAAGUGGGGAAGGCCUUUGUGAAGAAAAUGGAUCCUCACGAAGAAGCCUUGAUGAUCCUGAAGAGACAGAUGGCACCCACAAGGGCACCUGUGCAGCCCCUUCAGGCUACCCAAAAGCCAGCACCCAGAGAGAUCAUCGCGAUGGUGAGACCAGUGGCUAGUGCCAAGGUAGCUGAGCCUGUUCCCGUGGCUCAGUCUGUGCCUGAUGCCUCUUCAGCUCCCAUCUCGCGAGAGUUGACGUCGGAGGAUGAGACGGUCCAGACGAAACUUCACUGUCGAGGCAGCGAGGAGUUUUAUGGGUACCACAACGUCUCCUGGAAGAUCUAUCUGAGGAAAGAGGUUUUUUAUCCAAAGGAGACUAUCAGCAGCCCUCUUCUGCUAGAUCUCCUUUUUCGGCAGAUCUUCAACGAUACUCUGUCGGAUGCCUGCAUUCGUCUCACCGAAGAGGAGAAGCUACACAUGAAAACUCUUUUUGCGGAAAACAAGCUGGACUCCUUCAGUCCAGUGGCUGACGAAAGCGUCAAGAAGGAAAUUAUACGUGUGGCCCGAGAGAAUUGGGAGGUGUACUUCUCCCGCCUUUUUCCUGCUAUGGGCAGCGUUGGCACUGGGGUGCAAAUCUUGGCCGUGUCUGACUCGGGGAUUAAACUCCUGCGACUGGUCAAAGGGACCAACCUCCCUGGAGAGCAGGUCCGGGUGUUGCGAGGCUACAGCUACAGUGAGCUCCUGUUUGUCACCAUGCCCUCAAAGAACAUGCUGGAAUUCAACCUGGUCCAUGAGAAGCUCAUCCUCUUCUCCCCCAAAGCUGUCCAGGUAAAGGCCUUGAUCGACCAUUUCAUCAUGGAGCUCAAGAAGGACUCACAAUAUAUGGUUGCCAUUAAGAACCACAUCACUAAUGCUGAAAGCCUUCUGAGUUUUCACAAGGGAGACAUCAUUUGCCUGCGACCGAUGGAGGGUCUGGAACCAGACCACUAUUAUGGCUGCGUGGUGAGGAAGAAAGUGAUCCUCCUGGAAGAGGUCAAAAAAGGCACCCUGGAUUUUGGUUGGAAGUUUGGUGCCAUCUUUGGGAAGUCGGGACUCUUCCCCUCCAGCUGCGUCCAACCAGUGGCAGCCCCAGAUUUCAUGCAGCUGCCCACGGAGAAGAAGGAGGACCCCCACAACAAGCAGGCCAAGGUGGCUGGUCCAGCCUCGGUGGCCGUGGCUGUGGCAUCAGCAGCUGUGGCUCAGGAGCUGGACAGGAAGGUUGAGGUUUCCCCAGUGGCCGAGGAACACUUGGAGAGCUGGGAAGAAUUUAAGAGCCCUCCAGGGACCAGACCCCAAGGAGGCCCCUUCACCAUGCUGGAAUUUGCCAAGAAGUAUUUCCGAGACGGGCAGAAGACAAAGCCGUGAGUGAUGAAGCAGAAACCGAAGAAGGGUGUCGAAUCUACGACUGUGGUGGAUAUUCUGAAAUACACCAAGUGUCCCAUCCAGGAGUCACUCAUUGGAUUCACCAACAGCAGCCUGAACAAAAUAGCAGCAGAAUCCUUCCAGGCUGUGAUGAAGUUCAUGGGUGACCUUCCACUCAAAGGACAGUCUGAGCUGGAUGUGGUCUAUGCCUUGUUGAAGCUCUGUGGUGACCACGAGGUCAUCCGGGAUGAAGUUUUUUGCCAGAUCCUCAAACAGAUCACAGACAACAUCAGCAGCAAGACGGACAGCUGCCCCAAAGGAUGGCGGCUUCUGUACAUCCUGAGUGCCUACUAUAGAUGCUCCGAGGUCUUCAAGCCCUAUCUUCUCCAGUUCCUCCAGGAGGUCUCUGCCUGCCCUGGUUUGCGUUUCCAAGGCAUCGCCAAGGCCUGCGAGCAGAAUUUGCAGAAGACUUUCAAGUUUGGGGGCCGCUGUGAGUUUCCUAGUGCUGUGGAGCUCCAAGCCUUGGUGGCUGGAAGAAGUUCAAAGCGUCAGCUAUUUCUCCUUCCAGGAGGGAUCGAAAGGCACCUCAAAAUCAAGACUUGCUCGGUGGCCCAGGAUGUCAUAGAAGAGAUAUGCUUCGAAAUGGGUCUGCACCAGCCUGAAGCCUUCAGAGAAUACAUCAUUUUUGCUGUCUCUAAUAAAAAUCAGAAUGUCCGACCUUUGGACCGGCGGGAGUACAUCCUUGAUGUCACCAUGGAAAUGGAGAACGUGGACAGCAGCUACAUGUUCUGGUACCGGCGUGUGAUUUGGGCCCAGCCUCUGAAAUUCGACAAUGAACUCUACGUCACCAUGCAUUACAACCAGGUGCUACCUGACUAUCUGAAAGGUCUCUUCAACAUCUUGUCUUCUGCAAAACCGAGUGAUCAACAGUUCCAGCAAAUCUCCAAACUGGCUGCUUUGCAGCUCUGGGUGAAGGGCCUGGCAAUUUUUCCUUCUGCUUCUCCUCCAAGAAGGGAAAUUCAGGAUUACAUCCCACCCCAGCUCUACCAUCUGCAGAAGGCUCAGGCGUGGCUGGACAUGGUGGCCCCCUUCAUGCACCAAGCACAGGCCUUGAGCGCCCACCAGGCUCGGGCCCAAUUCUUAGGGCUCCUGAGCGCCUUCCCCAUGUUUGGGUCCUCGUUCUUCUACAUCCAGAGUUGCAGCAGCAACACCAUCAUUUCGCCCUGUAUCCUGGCUGUGAAUCAGAAUGGGCUGAAUUUUCUCCACAAGGAAACUCACGAACCCAUCGUGACAUUCUCUCUGAAGGAGAUCCACUCUACUCGCACCCAGAGACCUUCGGCCGGAUCCAGCUACCCCUACGUGGAGAUUAUGCUGGGAGACUUGAUGUCUCACAGGAUCACACAGCUGCAGCUGAAACAGGGCCUGGAACUGUGUCGUGUCAUUGCCACCCACAUGGAGAGCCUGCUGCACGCACGUGAAAAGCAGCUGACGCUGCCCCCAAGUGAGAUUACUUUGUUGUGA